GAAUCUAUGCUCAAGCGGUCUUGGCACAUAAAAUGUACAUUAUCUACGAUAGAUCGUCCCGCAGUCAAUGAUAAAAGGGUUCACAAACUAUUUAAGAGCUAGAGGCGUCUGAAAUUCUAGGCCACGCAGCAACUCGGCAUUUGAUCUACUUCGUUGUCACCCAUCCUUUGCAGACAGAAACAUGAUGACACUGAAGGUAGCAACGUCACUUGUCUUGGUCUUUCUGUCUGCUGGAAUCUGCACGGGACAUCCUGGUGGAGCUGACGACGAGGCCUGCGAAGACCUGCUACCGUCCCAUGGACCCAUUGCCGUGAACGCCGUUGAGCACCGCAACGAGCGCUACCAUCUCGUCCAAGACAAAGAGGACUACAGGCCGGGCGAUGUCAUCACAGUGACGCUGUCCUCGGAGGUUUCUCCUUUCAAGGGGUUCCUGAUCAAGGCUUUCGACGAGAACGAGAAGGGCGUGGGAUCCUUCAGGAGCACCGGACCGGAUUCGAGGGCAUACAGCCACUGCGCUGGAAUCACGCACACCUGGAGGAACCUGAAGAAGAGGGUCGUCGUCCAGUGGCUGGCUCCAGAGGACAGGUCCGGGAAGAUCCACUUCAAGGUCACGGUCGUCAAACAACUAAAUUACUUCGUCCACGCCAUUCCAAGCACGUUGGCUUAACCCGGCCCAACGUUUGUACAGAAUAACCAACGAAUAAACACCAAUCUUUCUUUUUA